AUGCCUUCAGGACGAAAACGUCAGUGCGCAUCAAUUGUUGCACUUAUUUUUGCAUUUACUUUCGUUAUAAUUGGUAUCGUCGGUAUUGUUGUCGGACCUAAGAUACUACAAAAUCAAAUCAUUAGCCAAUUGCCAUUAAAAGUUGGCUCCGAUCAACUCGAUUCAUGGAAAACUCCACCUGUCCCAGUUUAUUUACAAUUUUGGUUAUGGGAAUGUGUCAAUGUCAUGGAUGUCACUCAAGGAACAAAACCAUUCAUUGUUCAACGUGGUCCAUUUACUUAUUUAGAAAAUCGAAAUAAAACGGGAGUAUAUUUUAAUGAAAAUAAUACGGUUACAUAUCGUCAACCAAUAUCAUAUACAUUUCUACGUAAUAUGUCAGCUGCAGAUGAAUUUGCGCAAAUUACAAUGAUCAAUGCACCAAUUGUGACUAUAGUUUCGCUUGUUCGUAAUCAAUCGAAUAUAACACAAGAAAUAUUUAAUUUUUUUAAAAACGUUUUUAAUGAGUCCUUAUUUGUUAAACAUACAGUACGCGAGUGGAUAUGGGGCUAUGAAGAUCCGUUACUUAAAGCAGCCAAAUCAAUACCAAUUUUGAGUGAUUUAAUACCUGAUGAUCAUUUUGGAUAUUUCUAUGGACAAAAUGCAACUGACGAUGGAUUAUAUACAGUAUUUACAGGUGCAAGCAAUAUUAAUCUAUUAAAUAAUAUUGAUAAAUGGAAUGGUGUUUCUUAUCUACCUUAUUGGAGAACUCUACACGGCAAUCAAAUCAAUGGCACUGAUGGCUCAUGGUUUCCUCCAUUAAUAAAUCAAGAUUUUCAAUCUAAACGUUUAUAUUUAUUUUCAACUGAUGUAUGUCGAUCACUCUAUGCUAAAUUUGAACGUCAUUCGUCAGUAUUGAAAAUUCCAACAGAAAUAUUUUCUAUUCCAUCUGAAGUCUUUCUUAAUGCUACACUUAAUCCAGAUAAUGCUCCUUUUGGUAGCUAUGAUUCUGGUGUUCUUGAUGUUAGUGCAUGUCGACAAGGUGCACCAAUAUUUAUUUCAUUACCACAUCUUCUUUAUGGAGCUGAUCAAUAUGUGAACGCUGUCGAUGGUAUUGCACCGGAUCCAAGUCUUCAUCGAACAAUUUUCGAAGUAGAGCCACAUACAGGUCUUGUAUUAAGUGCACAGAAACGUUUACAAAUAAAUGUACAAAUAAAACCCGAUCCCUUGAUUGACGAUCUUAAACAUAUAUCCGAGACAAUUUUACCAGCUAUCUGGAUAAACGAAUCAACAACCAUCGAUCAAAAAUCUGCUAAUGAUUUAAAUAAUAAAGUUUUACGCUUCUUUACUAUUGUUCGUUGGGUAUCAAUCUUAUUGAUUCCCGUUGGUGUACUGAUAUUUGUUGCGACAAUUGUAAUUGUUGCGAAACGACGUUCCCGCGGUACAUUCACGCCGAUAAUCAAUGCAAGAUCAAGUAAUUCUGUUGAAGUAGAUGAUGACUAG